AUGAACUUGGUCGUGCUCUCUGGUGGUACGGCUGCCAAUGCUUUGCUUCCAGCUUUUGAAGCACUCUCAAAUGAACUUUCCUUCAUACUCCCAAUAUCUGACAAUGGGGGGUCUACCAGUGAGAUUCUUCGGGUUUUGGGCGGUCCUGCAAUAGGAGAUAUACGUUCUAGAAUCGUACAUCUGAUCAAGGACAAAAAGCUGUCCAAACUUUUGGGAUUUCGGCUUUCCACAGAAACCACUAGCGCUAAACAGGAGUGGAAUUCCAUUGUAGACGGAACCCACGAGGUUUGGACGGGGUUUGCCAGUGAGGUAAAGGAAAUAUGUAGAUCAUUUUUGAUCCACACGCAGGCGGAGAUCCUGAAGAAGCACAAAACUUCAGCUCCCUUCCAGUUUGAAAAAGCCAGCGUGGGUAAUCUUUUUCUAACGGGAGUUCGCUUGUUUUUGGGAUCCUUGGACGCAUCCAUCGAGCUUGCCCUUCGUGUUUGCCGUUGCGAUGAGCGCACCAGUAUCAUUCCAUGCAUAAACACAAACCACACGCAUCACAUAUCUGCUCUUCUGCAAAACGGUGAUGUGAUCACUGGACAAUCUCAGAUCUCACACCCUUCGCGACAACAGGUUAAAAAGGUUCGCCCUGAUGCAUUGCCGGUGGUUUGUCAAAACUUGAGCACCGAAUCCCUUGUGGGGCCCGAUUCAUCGGUGUUUUUAAAGAGUCAGCGCUCUUCAGACGAUCCCUUCGAAGAUUCUGAAGACGAUGAAGAAUAUGCAUAUCCUGGCUACAUACACCCGGAACUCAAGCUCUCACAGUUGCAUUUCGAUAAACUUGACAUUGAUGUGGAUCAUUUGCUGCCUGCGGCGAUUAAGCGUAUUUUCUACAUUAACCCUUACGGGGAAGAGGUGCUUCCACAGGGCAAUAAUCGAGCGGUCAGCAAACUAAGAAAUAGUGACAUGAUCAUUUAUUCUGUUGGGUCUUUGAUGACUAGUCUUCUUCCCAUCAUCAUUCUUGGCAAUGUGGCCGAGACUAUACUGGAAAAUGAACAUGCCCGAAAAGUGCUCCUCGUCAACAAUAAGUAUGACAGGGAAACCUUCGGAAUGGACGGCACUCAAUUCGUGCAACUCAUAGUAGAGUCCAUGAAUAGGGCGUUAAACAAUCAAAAGCGCAGAAGAAAGAGCUAUAAACUUGAAAGCGCAGGAGGAGCAGAGCCGCUGUUGUGGACUAAAUUUGUCACGGAUGUGGUGUACUUAAAAGAUGGCGAGAUACCAGUAGAUACGAAAUCUUUAGAGCAUUUGGGCAUCAAAACUUUUGCCAUUGAUUCCUACUGCUUCGAAGUCGACGCGCUGGCCGCGAUGCUGCAAUCUUUACGACCUUAA